CAGAGGGGGUUCUCCAUUAGGGCAACCAAAGUUUACACAAGCAGAACCCAGCUUGUUACAAUCUAAAACAAACGAUUCCUUUCGCUAAGUUUGAUUUGUAUCCGAUUGGAAGAUGACCACGGCCGUGGUGUCGCCUUUCUUCGACUUUAGCGAAGUGAUCAACAACAAGAACAAAAUGCUGAACUACAAUAAUAACAUCCUCAGUACUCCACACCCUGUUUCUGUCCCUUGCACGGGGCUAAGUCUGCCUAUCUCCAACCCCAUUGGGAACCUGCUGGACAGGAAGGCGGUAGGGACACCCUCCACAGGUGGGGUCUAUCAGCGCCGGCACUCAGUCACUUCGGCUAGCACCAAACUCAACCAAAACCAGUUCUUGAACAUUGCAAAAGCAGAUCCAUCCCUGCUCGGUUCAGGGACAGGAUUCAACGGCAGCAGCAACAAAGAGAACCGUAUGCGAGACCGCUCUUUCUCCGAGACGGGGGAUCGCCUGCUGCAGAAGUGUUUGGGCCCUGGAGGCCCCAACAGUCAGGUGAACUCGAGCCGCUACAAGACAGAGUUAUGCAGGCCUUUUGAGGAGAACGGCGCCUGCAAGUACGGCGACAAGUGCCAGUUUGCCCAUGGCAUUCAUGAGCUGCGCAGCCUCAGCCGCCAUCCCAAGUACAAGACGGAGCUUUGCCGCACAUUCCACACCAUCGGGUUCUGCCCCUAUGGCCCACGGUGCCACUUCAUCCACAACGCGGAGGAGCGCCGCGGACCUCCGCCUACCCCAUCCCCCCUUUCCGCCUCCAAUAAGAUGGAGAGGCCACGGCUGCAGCACAGCUACAGCUUUGCCGGGUUCCCCAGCUCUGCAGGCUUAAGGGACAGCCCCACCUCCGUCACCCCUCCCCCCAUGUUUUCCCCCGACGAGUUGCCCGAGUGGCCUAGCAGUAACCCCUUCACGUAUUCCAGCCAGGAGCUGGCCAACCUCUUCAGCCCAAGCCUGGGCAGUGCACCUUUAUCUUGCUCUGACCCUUCCAACCAGGCGCCGCCCUCACCAACCACAACGCCUUACUACUUCAGAGCCAUGUCAGAAUCUCCCCAGCUCUUUGAAUCUCCAUCCAGCCAGCCUGACUCGCUUUCUGACCAAGAGGGCUACCAGAGCAGCUCGGGUGGAAGUAUGAGCGGGUCGGAAUCACCCGUCCUUGACACCACCCGCCGAUUGCCCAUCUUCAGCAGGCUUUCCAUCUCCGAUGACUAAAGCACACUGAGCCAGACCCCCAUUCCCCUUUUCCACUGCAUGCAGCAGUCUUGGGCAGAGAGGAUGAGAUUCUAGCACUCCCUCUACCUCCCACCAUUUCUCGGGCCUUCUAGAUGCCGUAGACUUCCCUCCUUGUAUCGCCUCCGUGUCUUAAUGCAGUGAAUUAAGGGAUCUUUCUCUUUUUGAAUACUCGUUUUAACCAGAACAAGCUAAAACUCUUUCAGCCUUGACACUGUUCUGUUUUCCCGGGCCUCGUCCUCCUGUUAUGUUCUUGGUGUGAUCGUGCCAAACAAGCGGAGUAGGAAGUGGAUUAGCGACGUGCUAAUCGCGAGAGGUAUGAGACUGUUGUGCCAGGUGCUUCCGGUGCAGUCGAGCGUAGCACAGCCUGCCACAGUUAGAGGAGAGAUCUGCGCCCUUCCCCCUUCCUGAAUUGCCACUUUUCUCAAGGACGCUCUUUCAUAACUAACUAAAGUUCACAAGUGUCAUGCUUAGACUUUUCACAACUGUCUUUCUAGACCGGCUUAAAGAAAAAGAGUGAAAUGAAUGGUGAAAAAUAGAAGACAAGUGCCUGGGGUUGAGUGUCGGGGUGAACGGACCACUGUUUAUUUUUAUGUUUUUUCGUUCCUUGUGGCCUGAUUAUGUAGCUCUUGUUUUGAGUGUGUGCCCUCCCUGCCUUGAAUUGCAGAUACAUCAGUCUGCAGGAAGGACUUUCUCAUAAGGGUUGAACGAGAAUGGAGUUCUGGAAUAUUUCAGGCACGUAUUAAUUUUUCAAUCGGGUGCUGCAUGCUCCAUGUCUCUCAAAGCCAGCAGAAAACCCUGAGAUUGGACGUCGCCACUCAAAACUGAACAAUUCCUUAAUUUGUUUUGUUGUUGUUGUGUGUCAUUGCCCCGUUUCCUGUUAGUUGCUGGUUAGUUAACGUUUGUUGGGAAGGGAAUCUUAUUCAACCUUUGAGACAAACUCUUUCUUCUGCCCACCUCAAAACGCUGUCUCCCCUCGGGCCAAUCGGCAAGCAGAGGGGGAAUUCCAUCAUUCCCAGGAUGCAGUUCCACCUCCUGCAGCAUCACUUUAGCACGCUUUUUCCGUAGAUUCUGCUCGCAGGAGCACUUGGUAAUUUCAUCACAUCUAUCCACCUGUUGGUUUUGAUUUUUUUAUUAUGGUCAUUGUUUAUUAUUAUUAUUAUUAUUAUGGUUAUAUUAUUGUUAUUGUUUGAAAACCUUUUGAGAACAAAAGGCUUUGCUUGUCACUGCUUAUUUAACUUAUCAAAAACAUAUUUAUUGGUGAUCAUAUGCAUUUUUUGUUAAUUUUGUUUGUAUUUAUCUUGAUAAUGAAACGAUAGAAUAUAUUUUCUUUUAUGUUAAAUUAUGAUCUUCUGUAUUAAUCUUAAGAUUGUGAAGACUUGUCAGCUUUCCUUUUUUCACAGUUUAAUAUAUUGUACUACAAUGACUUUUGUUGGCAACUACACUUAAAGAAACUUAAUUUAAAGCAAAGACAAACAAAAAAUCCUCUGCAUUUUUGAUUUAUUUAUUGUAGAUUUAUUGUCAUUCCCUUUUCCCAAAUAUUUGACUGCAAAAUCAGUACUACUAUACAAUCCUUAACAAUUGAACUCACAUAAAGCAUCAAUACAGUUGUUAUUUAAAAAAAAACUUCAGCUCACCUCCAUACUUUUUUCCAUGUAACUUGAGGCAAGCCCAGUCCAUACUGAUAGCAGUUCUUAAGUCAUUUUUGAAAUAUUUAUGUAGCAUUUAAAGGCUGAUUAAAAAAUGUAAUGCCACAAUAAGACAUUAGCUGCAUUUUUUUUUCACAGUAAAUUUGACUUAAUCUGAGAUACAGGGAGUUUUGUUGCCUUAACUUUAGCACCACAUUUGCAAACUGCCAUGAAGUGCAUUUUUAUUGUUUUGAUUUGUUUGUUACAAAGUUUAAGGUUUGAUGUUGCAGGUAAUAAACCGCCAGUGUUAAAGCA